AUGGGUUGGAUCAUCAACGCAACGCCAGAGGUGGAGGCCCAAUCCAACUACAAGACGAUCCUGAUCGUUACCCUCCUCCUCUGCAUUCUCGCAACGUGCAUUGGCUCAUUGCGCAUAUGGGUUCGAGCUCGGGCUCGAGAGACGAGAUACGGCCUCGGCUUACCGGUAGCCCUGCGCCCUGCCGAGAAUCUUAUCAUAUACACUCGAGUCAACUUCGCGGGCAGGCCAAUCUACCAGCUCGGCAUCAGCUUCUUCAAACUAGCCCUGCUCAUAAACUACCUGCGGCUAUUCAAGGGCUCACAUAGGCAGGUCUACAGGAAGGUUGUCUGGGGAGCUAUCAUCGACAAAUCGUGGAACCCCUUUAAAGAAGGAACAUGCCUUCCUCCCACCCCGGCGUUUACGGGCUAUGCUGUCGUUACCAUCCUUUCCGAUAUUGCUGUAGCUUUGAUCCCUAUUCCAGUUCUCCUCGAACUUGGGAUCAGCCCUGCUAAGAAAUUCGGAUUAAUCGGAAUCUUUGUGCUUGGUUUGUUCACGACCCUUUGCUCAAUCCUUCGCUGCCUCCAAAUCAACAGGAUUCAGCAUGGCGAUGGCAAUUCAACAAUGCUGGUGCUUUGGGGCGUCAUCGAAUUCAACGUUGGGACGUACAUCACUGCCGGAUCCGAAAUCAACGAGACAAGCUCAAACGGGAGUCAAGAUGAUAUCCUCAAAUCAGGGAAUGGUCCCGAGCCUGUUCCUGGUAAUGCCAUUCUCAAGUCGGUUUCAUAUAGCAUCAACAGUAUCAAGGUUAAUCCCCAGAAUCCUCAAGGGCGACCUGAAGGGGCCUGA